CUUACCAGGUUCCGGCUACGAACUUCUACGCCGGGGCCGCUGAGGCUAGUCCUUUGGCUACCACUCUUGACGGAGAGCAGUGGAACUAAUCCAGCAUCAGCAUGUCUUAUGCCACCAUGUCUCCCUCUUUCUCUAUCAUCUCUUCUUCCUCGUAUCACGCACUUCAACACAUCAUCUCCACCCCAUCUCAGCCGCAAGCCGAAAUGUCUCCGCUACAAGACUUCGCCCAGCUCUCGCUGCACUCCGAGUACGCUGUCUCCCCUACCGCCAUCGAGAUGUCUCCAUACCAAGCCAUCGCUUCUAUGAUCCCCGAGACUCAAUUCAACGCGGUACCUUCUGCCCCUGAAACACAAUUGUACUCGACCUCUUCUACCCCCUCGAGUCUAUUCUCCUUAAGCUACGGCAGUGCCUGCACUACCGGCUCGAACUCGACCGGAUUAGGCUCCGCUCCCUCACUGCUCCAGAAGCGCACGUCAGGCCGGACGUGCAAGACCGCAGAGGCCUCCCCCGCCCCGCAGCACACGCCGAAGACGUGCCAAUACUUCGCGCCGUCGAGUCCCUCCCUAACCUCGGCCAACUCCGUCGUUUCCCGCGCGCCCGCGAUCAAGUACACUACGCGUCGCACGCGGCAAGUCGACGCAGAUCGCGCCAUCGCGGAGCCCGAGACAGACGGCCCAGGAGCGUACAUGUGCCCGCUCUGCGAGCACCACCAGGCGAACCGACACUUGCCGGACCUGCGCAGGCACAUCCUGGCACACUAUCCCGACGCGCGAGUACAUGUGUGCCGCGGCGUGCGCCUGGCCGCCGCACCGCCGGGUGCGGUCGAACGGUUCGGCGUGGUCGAGGAGGACGGCGGCGAGGAGCGCGUCGGCGGGUGCUACCAAGUGUUCAGCCGCCGCGACGCGCUCCUGCGCCACCUCCAGAACCCGAACAAAGCCUGCCUAUAUAAUGCUGCUGAGCUUAGACGCAGGGUGCGGCGAUGAUGUGUCACGCGUUGCUUUGGUGUUUCUGCAUAGGUCGCGUGGACGGUGUCUUCCUCCGUUUACCUCAGGCUGUUUUUGAACGCAUCUUUUCUCGAGGCUACCUUGUUUCACCUCUCAUGUAUACUUCCCUCUCUGAGACGUCAAAAAUUGGGGCGAAUUAGUUUGUAGACCAGACUGAGGUCUAUUCGAGUGUACUAGAAUCCAAAUAUAUUUGGAGGAGCUCUCA